UUGCGGUUCUUGGCCUUCUAGGCCCUGGUGUCAGGGUUUGCCACCUUGCCUGUAUCUGGUCCAAGAUCCCAGGAUACGGAACCCUCUCUGAGUCUUGAUUUUCUCAACAAAAUGGGGACUUUUGGCCUGGCCAACUUCUGGGACCCCAUCCCACUCUGGGUGUCAGAAGUUCCACGUUUUUAACGUUAAGUCAGUGUUUAAGCCGGUGAGUUAAGGCCUGUAGUCAGCUUACUGAGGAGAUGUUCUGAGCAGGACGCAGUGAAUACAUCUUUGAGAGGCGGCCAGCUAAGGGAUCGGGAGCCCGGAGUUCUAGACUUACCUCGUCCACCGACUCACUCUGACCUUGCCCAGGUCUUUGAACUCAAGUAACCAAAAGGGGAGAUUUGCUCUUUGAUACUGGAGAUAACGCAGCAAUGGGUCCACGAAAGAAAAGUGUUAAAACGUGUCUCAUGAACAAUGAUAUUCCUGAAGAAACAAUAUCAGAUGAAACAAAGGACUAUAUGAAUCAACUUUCACAUGAAGUGCUUUGCCAUAUUUUUAGGUACCUCCCUCUGCAGGAUAUCAUGUGUAUGGAAUGUCUUUCCCGGAAGCUAAAGGAAGCAGUCACCCUAUAUCUGAGAGUUGUGAGGGUAGUGGAUCUUUGUGCAGGGCGAUGGUGGGAAUACAUGCCGAGUGGCUUCACAGAUUCCAGUUUUCUGACACUAUUGAAGAAGAUGCCAGAUGUUGAACAGCUAUAUGGCCUUCACCCUAGAUACCUUGAGAGGCGAAGGGUACGGGGCCAUGAGGCUUUUAGCAUUCCAGGAGUUCUGGAAGCUUUGCAGGCAUGCCCGAACUUAGUGGGUGUGGAAACUUCUCACUUGGAAUUGGUAGAAUCUAUUUGGACAUACAUGCCACAUGUUCAUAUUUUGGGGAAGUUUCGUAAUCGUAAUGGAGCAUUUCCAAUUCCUCCUGAAAAUAAACUGAAAAUUCCUGUAGGAGCCAAAAUCCAAACUUUACAUUUAGUUGGGGUGAAUGUUCCUGAAAUUCCUUGUAUCCCAAUGCUAAGGCACCUUUAUAUGAAGUGGGUAAGACUCACUAAACCACAGCCAUUCAAAGAUUUUCUUUGCAUCAGCUUACGAACUUUUGUCAUGAGGAACUGUGCAGGACCCACAAACUCCUUGAAAUAUGUCCCUUUAGUAACAGGCUUAGCCUCUGCCCGCAACUUGGAACAUUUGGAAAUGGUUCGAGUUCCUUUCCUUGGAGGUCUUAUCCAACAUGUAGUUGAAGACAGUUGGAGAUCAGGUGGUUUUAGAAAUUUGCACACUAUUGUUUUGGGAGCUUGCAAAAAUGCACUUGAAGUAGAUCUUGGUUACCUCAUCAUCACUGCUGCCCGUAGGUUACAUGAAGUUCGGAUCCAGCCUUCCCUAACCAAAGAUGGCGUCUUUUCUGCCCUGAAGAUGGCAGAGUUGGAGUUCCCCCAGUUUGAAACCCUUCAUCUGGGAUAUGUAGAUGAGUUUUUGCUGCAGAGCAGAAUGGCUAAUGCAGAUCUGGUGAAGUAUGGUUUGGCUGAUGUGGUAGAAAAUCCUGGUAUCAUCACUGAUAUAGGGAUGAAGGCAGUCAAUGAAGUUUUUUCCUGUAUCAAAUAUCUGGCAAUUUAUAAUUGCCCCCAUCUACAUAACCCAUACAAUUGGAUCUCAGACCACUCAAGAUGGACUCGAUUGGUUGAUAUCAACUUAGUGCGUUGCCAUGCUUUGAAGCUGGACUCCUUUGGCCAGUUUAUUGAAUUGUUGCCCAGCCUGGAGUUUAUUUCACUGGACCAGAUGUUUCGUGAACCACCCAAAGGCUGUGCUCGGGUUGGUCUGAGUGCAGGCACAGGAAUUGGGGUUUCCUCAGCCCUUGUUAGCAAUCAGAACUCCAACAAUGACAAUGAUAAUAAUGCCCAGAAUAAUGCCAACAUCCACGACAACAAUCACCAUCACCCAGAUGACUCAGAGGAGGAGAAUGACUUCCGGCAAGACCUGCAGCCAGGAGAGCAGCAGUUUGCAGCCGACGCACUGAACGAGAUGGAAGACAUGGUUCCAGAAGAUGGAGAGGUGACGGCUGAGAGUGAGCAUGAGGCUCCAGCUCACAGUCAGGCAGUUAUUCCUGUGGACGUCGACGAGGAACAAGCAGGACCCAGCGGUCUUCAGCGUGUAGUAAAACCAACCCCAAUUACUGUGCAUGACUCAGAGAGUGACGAUGAGGAAGACAGUCUAGAACUCCAAGAAGUCUGGAUUCCUAAGAAUGGUGCCCGGCGUUUCUCUGAGCGUGAAGAAAAAACCGGAGAGUCUGUACAGUCCAGGGAAUUAUCAGCAGUAAGUGGAAAAGGCAAGACUCCACUUCGAAAGAGGUACAACUCCCAUCAGAUGGGCCAGUCGAAGCAGUUUCCCCUCGAGGAAAGCAGCUGUGAGAAAGGCUGUCAGGUCACCAGUGAGCAGAUCAAAGCCGAUAUGAAAGCAGCUAGGGAUAUUCCUGAAAAGAAAAAAAACAAGGAUGUUUAUCCCAGCUGCAGCAGCACCACCGCCAGCACAGUGGGGAACUCCAGCUCGCACAGCACUGCUUCUCAAAGCCCCGACUUUGUAAGGACGGUGAACAGCAGCGGCUCUUCCGAGCCUAGCCCUACAGAAGUGGAUGUGUCCAGGCAGUGUGUCUGCUCCCCCGGUGGGUCAGAGGACUCUGAGGCCAUGGAGGAGGGAGAUGCAGAGAGUUCUGUCUGCCCCAGAUGCUGCUGUCACAGGCCCCAGGAAUCCCAAAGGAGAACUAGCAGGUGUUCUGAUGAGGAACGUCCUUCAACCAGCCGAGCCUGUGUUGUGAAUGGCCCGGAUGGUACGAGAUCCGCCUUUUCCUUUAGGACUCUGCCACCAGGGGGGUCUUCAGGCCCAGCACAUGAUGAGAGGACUAAUGGGAGUGGCUCUGGGGCUACAGGUGAGGACAGGAGGGGGAGCUCCCAGCCUGAGAGCUGUGACGUGCAGUCUAAUGAAGACUACCCUCGGAGGCCCCUAACAAGGGCCAGGAGCAGACUCUCCCAUGUACCGCUGGUAUCUGAGUCAGGUAUGACAACGCUGCCAGGAUUAGCUACUGCAGAGGUUGCCAAAACAAAGCCACGUCAUGCCAUGAAGCGGAAGCGGACAGCAGAUAAGUCCACCAGUACCAGUGAUCCUGUGAUUGAGGAUGACCAUGUGCAGGUCCUUGUAUUAAAAUCCAAAAAUCUUGUUGGAGUCACUAUGACCAACUGUGGAAUCACAGAUCUAGUGCUGAAAGACUGUCCCAAGAUGAUGUUUAUCCAUGCUACCAGGUGCAGGGUACUGAAACAUUUAAAAGUAGAAAAUGCACCAAUUGUAAACCGAUUUGACUAUGCACAAUGCAAGAAACUGAAUAUGGAUCAGGUACUAGACCAGAUACUAAGGAUGCCUCCUGAGAGAAACCGUAUCAUAUACCUACGCCCCAUGCAGCAGGUGGACACACUAACGUUGGAGCAGAAGCUAUUUAGUGGUCCCUACCCCUAUCACAUCUGUAUUAUCCAUGAAUUCAGUAACCCUCCCAAUGUCCGGAACAAGGUGCGCAUUCGCAGCUGGAUGGACACAAUAGCAAACAUUAACCAAGAACUCAUUAAGUAUGAAUUCUUCCCUGAAGCCACACGAAGUGAAGAUGACUUAAAGAAGUAUCCCAAGUACCCAUGGGGUAGAGAAAUCUAUACUUUAGAAGGUGUUGUGGAUGGAGCACCGUAUUCAAUGAUUUCUGACUUCCCUUGGUUGAGAUCACUACGGGCAGCAGAACCCAACAGCUUUGCCAGAUACGAUUUUGAGGAUGAUGAAGAAAGCACCAUCUAUGCUCCUCGAAGGAAAGGGCAGCUGUCUGCAGACAUCUGUAUGGAAACAAUAGGAGAGGAAAUUUCAGAGAUGCGUCAGAUGAAAAAGGGCGUGUUUCAGCGAGUAGUGGCAAUUUUUAUCCACUAUUGUGACGUCAAUGGAGAGCCUGUUGAAGAUGACUACAUUUAACUGGCCCCUCCUCUUUCCAGCUAUUCUGGCAGUAAGCUGCUGGGGCCAUCCAGCUGCCAGAGAGCUUCACAGAGGCUUGCGGCAUGCAGUUGGGAGGCUCCGGCGCAUUUUGGUAUAUAGGAAAUGUAUAAGGAACAUUGAAGUUGUAUACAAAGAUUUGUACAUAGAGGAAAUACACAAAGAUAUUUCCUAAGUACCAACUUUAUAUCAUAUGUUUAUACAGUUUAAUUUAAAAAUUCAUUUUAAUGAAGGCAGAGAAUUGGAAAGAGUUCAUUUUGUUCAUUUUUCCAGACUUAGUUCAUAAAGUGUCACUUUCUGGCUGAGCCCCUGUUUACUAUAUAUAUAUAUAUAUAUAUAUAUAUUUUUUUUUUUUUUUUUUUUUUUUUUUUUUUUUGCGGUAUGUGGGCCUCUCAGUGCUGUGGCCUCUCCCGCCGCGCAGCACAGGCUCCGGACGUGCAGGCCCAGCGGCCACGGCUCACGGGCCCAGCUGCUCUGCGGCAUGUGGGAUCCUCCCAGACCGGGGCACGAACCCGCGUCCCCUGCAUCGGCAGGCAGACUCCCAACCACUGCGCCACCAGGGAAGCCCCUAUAUUCUUAAUCAUCACUGUCACGCCCUUAAAUCUGUGCCUUUUUCUUCUCGAGCAGAGCUGUUUGAGUAAACCUGUUGAAGCGUCUUUUUGUCUCGUGCUCUUUUUCUGUUACUAUUAAAACUCCAACUAAACCCUAUAGUCAGAGGUGGCUGUAUGUUUGUUUCUGUACAAAAUUGUGGUUCUUUUUCCUCUUGGUAUUGUAGUUGCCAUAUUUCUUAAAAUGAAGUAAAAAAAAAAAAAAGACUCAUGGGUUUAAAAAAAUAACUGAGUUUGAGGGGGAAAUGGAAAAGUUUCCAAAGCAUUUCUAGUUAUUUAUUUCCAUAUUGUGUAU